UUCCGGUUCGGUCGUGCAAUUUUUUUAGAGUCUGGCGCGCACUUCAAAACACAGAGAAGAAACGCGGGCAGAAGAAGCAGCGACUCAAACUUUUUACCGACAUUUAUCGUUUUAUGUAGCACGACAGAACCGUGUUCGGUGAGGUUUGUGAAAAUGAUUCCCACUACUACCAGGAAGAGGAAGCUCUCCUCUCUGGACUCUGACAGAGCGAGGGAGGAGGUGUCCCCCGUGAAGAGGAGCUCCCCCAGGAAGCCCCAACAGACUCCGACCAAGAAGAAGCCAGUCGGGCGUCUGCUCAAGGAGAACUGUCCCUCCCCACAGAAGUCUCCAUGUAGAGCAGAAGGCUCUGCGGUCAAAUCACCUCCUACAUCUCCAUUCGAACCUUCCAUGGUUACCAGCUCCUUCUAUGGCCAGAAGAAGUCCAUCUAUCUCACUCCGCUAGAGAGGAAGGCGAUAAAGGAGUCGCUGCCUCCUCGUCCUCUUCCCUCCCCUCCUUCCCAGGAGAAAAAGAAGAACAAGAGGAAUGUUAGAGGAGGCAGUAAGAAGAGAAAGGUAGCUGCAGGGUCUGGUAAAGCGGGGAAGAUGGCUGCCAAAACCAUUGCAACAUCUUCAAAGAUGAUCCUGCUGCCCAAACUCAACAGCAGUGUCGCUGCUAAACCCGCAUCCACUACAACUGCUGCUCCCGCCAGCACUAAGCCAGCAGAGGCCAAGAAAGCGAUCUCCAUCACUUUCAGCAGCAUGAAGCCCAAACCAAAGCUCUUUGUGGGAGCUGCUUUCUUCGGCACAGGGAAGAAACCUACAUCCAUGUACAAGAAAUCUGCCCCAAAAUCCUCAACCAGGCCAGCUUUAGUCCCAGUAAAACGCAAAGCUGUCCCGCCGCAGACAAAGAGUGAGAAACCAAAGCCAACUGCUCCGGUGGUGAACCAACAGCAGAAACCUCCUGAAGAGACUGCUGUCCAGCCGGCCCGUGUGGCAGAGAAGCAGCCGAGCACCAAACGGAGAACAAAGUUUGAUCUGUCGGACUGGAUGGACGCAGCAGACUUGAUGGGCUCGGAUAAUGAAGAGCCUGAAACUCCGCAGCCAUUCAGCUCUCCUAAAAUGUUGUCGGAGAAAUAUGGGAUUACCAAGGAGCUGACGAUUGUGUUGUCAAGGACUCCAACAGCGAGUCCUGCAUCCACAGCUGGAUCCCUCAGUUCUCCGGAUAUUAUUGGCUCUGAGCCCAUGUUUUACCUGAGUGACCGAAGUCCCACCAGCGCUGCUGCCAGCCCACCCACAGACUCUGCAGCAGUGUAUCCCAUCUUUGGCUCUGCCUCCAAGAGGUUCAAGAAUGGCGCUUUGCAGCUGCCGGUGUCCUGCAGCACCCCCUCUGGCCCGACGCCAUCCCUACAGACUACUUCUGCAGUCAAAGAGCGACCUGUCCGAAGGAGGAAAGAGAAGCAGGAUGACGACCAGCUCAUCAUCGACGCAGGUCAGAAGCAGUUUGGAGCGAUGACCUGCAGCUCAUGUGGGAUGGUUUACAGCGCAGACAACCCAGAGGACCACUUCCAACACAACCAGUUCCACCAGCGCUUCCUUGAAUCCAUCAAAUUUGUGGGCUGGAAGAAAGAGCGGGUGGUGGCCGAGUUCUGGGAUGGAAAAAUCCUCCUAGUCAUGCCAGAUGAUCCCAAAUACGCCAUUAAAAAGGCUGAGGACGUGCGGCGCGUCGCGGACAACGAGUUGGGCUUCCAGCAGGUGACUCUGAGCCGACCCACACAGGCCAAGACCUACCUGUUCAUCAACACCGACCGCAUGGUGGUGGGCUGCCUCGUCGCUGAGCCCAUACGCCAGGCUUACAGAGUGCUCGAGCAGCCGGACCGACGCAAAGACAUGACAAAGGACGACUUCAUGGAGCGACACCGAGCCUGGUGCUGCUCCACUGUCCCAGAACAAGCUGUGUGUGGGAUCAGUCGGAUCUGGGUCUUCAGUCUGGCCCGGCGACAGGGCAUCGCAACACGCAUGCUGGACACCGUCAGGAGCACCUUUACGUACGGCAGCCAUCUAACCAAGGAAGAAAUCGCCUUCUCUGACCCAACGCCUGACGGAAAACUGUUCGCAACAAAGUACUCCAACACACCAGCAUUCCUGGUUUACAACUUCGUAGCAUGAAGUAAAUGCGUAGAUUAAAAGAUGCAAAACAGUUUUAACUGAUGUUGGUUUGUAGGUAUCAUUGACAGCUCUUCAGGCAAUUGUUAAAAUUGUCUUUCAUAUGCAAAGGAACAACUGUUCAGUUUUAUAAUGUUGACUCAGCUUUAGUUUGUAUUGAAGAGUGUGUAGAGUUUUUAAAGGUUCACAAUACACCUGUUAUCACUCAGUAUUUAUAUCCAGUCCGGCCUAAUUUACGGUUGAAUGUGUAUAUUGGCAGAGCUUUUGACUCAAGAUGUUUAUAUUCUGCUUAAUAAGUAGCUUGUAACUGCAAUGACUGACAAUAUUUUCUAUUUUUGCAUGAAAGAAAAAUAGAGCCUCCAUUUUGAUCUGUUCAGAUGAUUUUUUUUUUUUUCACCCCAUACUACCGGUUUUAUAUUUUUUGAAGGAAAAUGUUCAUAGACCUGUUGAAAGAACCAUUACUGUUCUAAGGGCUUUCUAGUUUGUAAAUACAUUCAAUAAACAUUUGCCUUGUGUUUUAUGAUCUUAAA